GAUAAAGACGGUGGAAUCCGCAGGGAAUGCGAGCGUGAGGCUGGCGAACGGCGGCAGCCCCUGUGCCGGGAGAGUGGAGGUCUACCACGACGGACAAUGGGGCACCGUGGACGGCACUGGCAAAAGCUACGGCGAUCAGGUCUGGGGUAUGGCGGCCGCGGCCGUGGUGUGCAAGGAGUUGGGCUGCGGAGCCGCGCUCUCGGCACCAAGAGACGCUCACUUUGGGAGGGGCUCGGGUCCCGUGGUAACGUACGACGUCCGGUGCCGAGGGAACGAGUCUGCUCUGAGGCGUUGUCCCUCACAGAACUGGGGUCACUAUUCCUGGUUGUCGCACUCCGACGACGUCGGCGUCAUCUGCUCAGGUGAACAAUUCGCUCACGGAUCGUUUCUCGGGUCUCGCGUUUUCGGUAAACCUCACUUUCGGGAACUCUGA